AUGAAACACACUUCAUCCGAAGCAGUUCCUUCUCUAUCAUCCGCACCUUCCUUCACGGACCAAUCACAGCCCGCCACGUCAUCAUCCUCUUCCGCGGCGGCGGCGGAGGACCUCACAAUAGCCUCUCGCGACGGGGGAAGCGCUCAGGAGGUGGUGGUUGUGGAUCGGAAAAACGAGUACUCCGCCGUAUGUAGAUGGACGGUGAACAAUUUCCCCAAAGUGAAAGCUAGGGCACUGUGGAGCAAGUACUUUGAGGUAGGUGGUUACGAUUGCCGUCUGUUGAUAUACCCUAAGGGUGAUUCACAGGCUUUGCCUGGUUAUAUUUCCGUUUAUCUUCAAAUCAUGGACCCUCGCGGAACUUCUUCUUCCAAAUGGGACUGUUUCGCGAGCUAUCGUUUGGCAUUUGUGAAUGUUGUUGAUGAUUCGAAAACCGUUCAUCGUGAUUCUUGGCAUAGGUUUACUGCUAAGAAGAAAUCGCAUGGUUGGUGUGAUUUUACGCCUGCUUCUACUAUUUUUGAUCCGAAAUUGGGGUAUAUGUUUAGUAAUGAUUCUGUGUUGAUAACUGCUGAUAUUCUUAUUCUUAAUGAGUCGGUUAGUUUUAGCCGUGAUAAUAAUGAGGUGCAGUCUUCGGCUCUGUCUUCGUCCUCGUUGGUGUCUUCGUCGGUAGUUGCUGGUCCUGUUUCUGAUGUUUUGAGUGGGAAGUUCACGUGGAAGGUUCAUAAUUUUAGUUUGUUUAAGGAUAUGAUUAAGACACAGAAGAUAAUGAGUCCGGUUUUCCCUGCUGGGGAGUGUAAUUUGAGGAUUAGUGUGUAUCAGAGUUCGGUUAAUGGUGUUGAUUAUCUUUCGAUGUGUUUGGAGAGUAAGGAUACAGAUAAGAAUGUUGUGUUGUCUGAUAGGAGUUGCUGGUGUUUGUUUAGAAUGUCGGUUUUGAAUCAGAAGCCUGCUACGAAUCACAUGCAUAGGGAUUCUUAUGGUCGCUUUGCGGCUGAUAAUAAGAGUGGUGACAAUACUAGCUUGGGUUGGAAUGAUUAUAUGAAGAUGUCUGAUUUCGUUGGGACGGAUUCAGGGUUUGUGGUGGAUGACACUGCAGUUUUUAGUACCUCGUUUCAUGUGAUCAAGGAGUUUAGCAGCUUCUCCAAGAAUGGGGCUGUCAUUGGUGGGAGAAGUGGAGGUGGUGCCAGGAAGUCAGAUGGUCACAUUGGAAAGUUCACUUGGAGGAUUGAGAAUUUCACAAGGUUGAAGGAUUUACUGAAAAAGAGGAAAAUUACGGGUCUUUGCAUUAAGAGUAGGAGGUUUCAGAUUGGUAAUAGGGACUGUCGUCUUAUUGUUUAUCCCCGAGGGCAGUCUCAGCCACCGUGCCACCUUUCAGUGUUUCUUGAAGUUACGGAUUCAAGAAAUUCUUCAAGUGAUUGGAGUUGUUUUGUUAAUCACCGGUUGUCAGUUGUAAACCAGAAAAUGGAGGACAAAUCUGUCACCAAGGAAUCUCAGAACCGCUACUCUAAAGCUGCAAAGGAUUGGGGUUGGCGUGAAUUUGUGACGCUUACUAGUCUAUUUGAUCAAGAUUCAGGUUUUCUUGUCCAAGACACUGUCAUUUUCUCAGCUGAAGUUCUUAUAUUGAAAGAGACAUCAAUAAUGCAGGAUUUUACUGAGCAUGAUUCUGAGUUAAACAGCAGUAGUUCCCUUCUUGAUAGUACUGGGAAAAGAAGUUCAUUUUCAUGGAAAGUGGAGAAUUUCCUUUCUUUUAAGGAAAUAAUGGAGACUCGAAAAAUCUAUAGUAAAUUCUUUCAGGCUGGUGGAUGUGAACUUCGAAUUGGUGUGUAUGAGUCAUUUGAUACCAUAUGUAUUUAUUUGGAGAGUGAUCAGGCUGUUGGUAGUGAUCCUGAUAAAAACUUCUGGGUCAGAUACAGAAUGGCUGUUGUGAAUCAAAAAAAUCCAGCCAAGACUGUAUGGAAAGAAUCUUCUAUCUGCACAAAAACUUGGAAUAAUUCUGUAUUGCAAUUCAUGAAGGUGUCUGAUAUGUUAGAAGCAGAUGCAGGAUUUCUUGUCCGUGACACCGUUGUUUUUGUGUGUGAAAUAUUGGAUUGCUGCCCUUGGUUUGACUUUUCAGACUUAGAGGUUUUUGCUUCGGAGGAUGAUCAGGAUGCAUUGACAACUGAUCCCGAUGAACUGAUAGACUCUGAAGACAGUGAAGGGAUAAGUGGAGAUGAGGAAGAUAUUUUUAGAAAUCUUCUUUCCAGAGCUGGAUUUCAUUUAACUUAUGGAGAUAAUCCUUCACAGCCGCAGGUUACUUUAAGAGAGAAACUUUUAAUGGAUGCUGGUGCAAUUGCUGGGUUUCUGACUGGACUUCGGGUUUAUCUUGAUGAUCCUGCAAAAGUAAAGCGUUUGCUUCUGCCUACGAAGCUCACUGGUAGUUAUGAUGGGAAGAAGGCCACCAAGGCUGAUGAGUCUUCCCCAAGUUUGAUGAAUUUGCUGAUGGGAGUUAAAGUCUUACAGCAAGCAAUCAUUGAUUUACUAUUGGAUAUAAUGGUUGAGUGCUGCCAGCCUUCUGAAGUGGGCCCUGCUGCUGAUUCUGUUGAUGAAUGCUCGAAGCCUUUUCCAGACAGCAGUGGAACUGCUAGUCCUCCUGAACGUGAUAAUGAAGAACGAGUAGUGGAGUCUGCACAAGUUCUUGUUAAUGAGAGAUUGAAUUCUGCCAUCGAAGAAAGCAGUAGUACGUCUUCUGUACAUAGCUUUGAUUUAAAUGGAAAUGGUAUUCAGGGAAAAACUCUUCCUGGACAGCCUACUUGUCCACCAGAAACGUGUGCCACUGUUUCAGAAAAUGCGUCAUUUCGGUCAAAGACCAAAUGGCCAGAGCAGUCUGAGGAGCUCUUAGGUUUGAUUGUAAACUCACUAAGAGCUUUGGAUGGGGCCGUUCCACAAGGUUGUCCAGAGCCAAGACGGCGACCUCAGUCUGCGCAGAAAAUUGCUCUUGUAUUGGACAAGGCUCCCAAGCAUUUGCAAGCAGAUCUUGUUGCUUUGGUACCCAAAUUGGUAGAGCAGUCAGAACACCCAUUGGCUGCACAUGCACUUCUUGAGCGCCUGCAACAGCCAGAUGCAGAACCUUCUUUGCGAAUGCCUGUUUUUGGGGCUCUUAGUCAAUUGGAAUGUGGUAGUGAAGUGUGGGAGCGCAUUCUAUUUCAGUCAUUUGAGCUUUUGACGGAUUCAAAUGACGAAGCCCUGGUUGCAACAAUAGAUUUUGUAUUCAAAGCAGCAUCUCAAUGUCAACACCUCCCCGAAGCAGUUAGGUCUGUUCGUGUCAGGCUGAAAAGUUUAGGUCUUCAUGUGUCGCCUUGUGUCCUUGACUUUUUGAGCAAGACUAUAAAUAGUUGGGGAGAUGUAGCUGAAACCAUACUGAGGGAUAUUGAUUGUGACGAGGAUUAUGGUGAAAGUUGCACUGCUCUACCCUGUGGGAUUUUCUUAUUUGCUUCUCAAACAUUUGAGAGAGCUGUAGCUCGAGGUGCAAUAGGUGCUCAGUCUGUAGCCCUGGUAUUGGAAAGUCUACUUUCCCAAAGAUUGAACAAUAGUGCCAGAACCGAAAAUUUUCAACAUUCAGAUGGUGCAACGGAGGAGGAUGCCUGUGAGCAAUUGGGAGUUCAAAGGGAUGAUAUUACAUUAGUUCUUGGUCUUGCUGAAACUUUGGCACUCUCCAGGGACCUAUGCGUGCAAGAAUUUGUGAAACUGCUCUACGUGAUAAUCUUUAAAUGGUAUGCUAAUGAAUCUUACCGGGGGAAGAUGCUGAAGACGCUUGUUGACCGUGUCACCAGCACUACUGAUAAUGGUCGCGAAGUAGAUUUUGAUUUGGAUAUCUUGGUUACUUUGGUCUGUGAGGAACAGGAGUAUAUUAGGCCUGUUUUGAGUAUGAUGCGUGGAGUUGCCGAACUUUCAAAUAUUGAUCGAGCUGCUCUGUGGCACCAGUUAUGUGCUAGUGAAGAUGAAAUUAUCCGCGUUUGUGAAGAAAACAAAACUGAGAUUUCUAAUAUGGCCAAGGAAAAAGCUAUUCUAUCACAAAAGCUGAGUGAAUCCGAGGCCACAAACAGUCGUCUCAAGUCCGAAAUGAAGGCCGAGGUAGAUCGGUUUUCUCGGGAAAAGAAGGAACUAGGAGAACAAAUUCACGAAGUUGAGAGUCAGCUGGAAUGGCAUCGCUCAGAGCGGGAUGAUGAAAUAUUAAAGCUCUCUGCAGAGAAUAAAGUUCUUCAUGAUCGUUUGCAUGAUGCAGAGACACAACUUUCUCAGUUGAAGUCUCGGAAACGUGAUGAACUAAAGAAAAUAGUAAAGGAGAAAAAUACACUUGCCGAAAGAUUGAAGAAUGCUGAAGCUGCACGCAAGCAUUUUGAUGAAGAAUUGAAAAGAUUAGCAACAGAAAACGUGACUCGGGAAGAAAUCCGCCAAUCGCUGGAGGACGAAGUUCGUAGAUUGACUCAAACAGUUGGACAAACCGAGGGAGAAAAACGGGAAAAAGAAGAGCAGGUUGCUAGGUGUGAAGCAUAUAUUGAUGACAUGCAAUCAAAGUUGCAGGCCUACCAGCAAUAUAUCCUCAGCGCUGAGGCCUCACUCAAGGAGGAAAUGUCGCGACAUGCCCCAUUAUAUGGUGCUGGUCUGGAGGCUCUAUCAAUGAAAGAGUUGGAAACAAUAUCACGUAUUCAUGAAGAGGGUCUGAGGCAGAUCCACGCCCUUCAACAGCGUAAAGGGAGUCCGGCUGGGAGUCCGCAUUUGAGUCCCCAUACUCUCCCUCACAGCCAUGGAUUAUAUCCUUCUGCAACCGUAGGCCUUCCUCCAUCAAUCAUCCCAAAUGGAGUAGGGAUCCAUAGCAACGGGCAUGUGAAUGGUGCAGUAGGACCCUGGUUUAACCACCCUUGA